AUGAAUUAUUCGAUUGUUACUUAUUUCUAUGCUACCAGUGCUCUUGCUGUUAAUCCAGUUCUUCGUUCAAUCUUUAGCGGAACCUUUUCUCCCUUUACUACUCAAAUGUAUGAUAACUUGGGUAUACAUUGGACUACAAUGAUUCCUGCCUGUCUAGCUCUAAUCUGUCUCCUAAUACCAUACAUUUUCUGUAAACAUGGUCCGACCAUUCCAGGUCGCCCUAAAGAAUGUCUAUCGUUUAUCCCAAAAUUUAAGAUUAUGGUUUGUUUGGAAGAUCUACCUAACGAAAUUAUCUAUCGUAUCUUUGAUAAUCUCAGCGCCAAUACGAUCAUAGUAUUUAGUUGUACCUGCAAAAGAUACCUUCAAUGUCGUCAUUUGUAUAAUCAAUAUCAACUGAACUUUCAGUCAAUAUCUAAAUCGAAUUUUGAUUUACUAUGUCGACUUAUUCAUCCUUCGAAUAUUAUGUCAUUGACAUUAAGUGAUGAUGAUAACGCAACUCCUGGUCAAAUUCAAACGUUUUUGAAAACAUAUCCGAUUCAUCAAUUGACUCGCCUGCACUCCUUGACAUUAUUUCAAAUCGAUGAAACGCAUCUAGAAGAUCUGUUGAAACCUUUGCAGAAGAGUCCAUUAACAUCUCUUCAUAUCGAAUAUCGACAAUACUUUGGAAUGCUAAAUCAGUCAACCCUCACGACUCUCUGUGAUAUUUUAUCAUUGAAAACUUUACGAACACUUCAUUUAGACAUGAGAACCUAUCAAACAGAAUCGAUACAAUGGCCACGGAUCACGCAAAUCGAAUACUUAAGUCUAUCUAAUUCAACUUUCAAUCAGUUCAUUCAGAUCAUUGGAAGAUCGAACUCGUUUCGAUCGAUUUAUCUCCGACAUGUCUCUAUGAAAGAUGUUGAUAACCAUUCUAUCAAAUAUCUUCCGCUAAAACAGAUCGAAUCAUUUCGAAUCGAAAAAAGUGAAUUAUUUUUCGAGAAAAUUCCAUGGUUAUUAUCAUUCAUGCCCAAACUUGCUCAUCUAAAACUCGAAGGUUUCACUCCUAAACUCGAUCAAAUCUUCACGAAUGAUCAAUUCGAAGAAUUUAUUCAGAUAAAUCUACCCAACUUGAAAACUUUUCAAUUUUUCAUUCGAUUUUCACCAGUCGAAUUCAAAAUAACGAACUCCUUAGUUGACUCUUUAAUUAAACAAUUCCAGCGGUCAUUCUGGACUGAACAAUUGCAAUGUCGCGUCAUUUGUGAUUUCAUCCAAGAUUCCAACGAGUUAUAUACCUAUUCGACUCCUUGUCCACAUCAUUAUCUGAAGUAUUCCGAAGUGUUAUCUCUUGCAUCAACUUCUAUCUCUUCGCAAUUGACUUACCUCAGCGAAAGAUUAGAUUUCGUUUACGAACUAGAUUUGAAUCUCAAAGAUCUAUCAAAACAAACGAAGAAUGUUCGGUGCUUUCCAAAUCUAAGAACUUUAAAAUUAGCAAUCAGUGAUCAAUAUUCAUCGUCCGGUUUGGAACAUCUUUCCAAGACAAUUCAUCUGGGAAAAUUAAACAAAUUGAUUUUGAUUAUUUCGUCCCGUGGUGAUCACCUCGAUAUACUUAUAAAACGAUUCCUUACUUUACUAAACGACCUACCAGCUGUAACAACAUUGGAAAUUUUCAAUCGAUGAUCCAUAUCUUAUUGUCGUACUACUUGGACGGAAUCCAAUAUCAAUAGCAAUCGAGUUAUUACAUCAAAUUUACAUUUCGCCAGUACACAGUCCCUUAACUCUUACUAUAUGACAUUUGCUUGUUCGAUCUUCAUAAACAUUUACACAUCACGAGGAUUUUGUCAUAUCAGCUUGUUUAUGUCAUUUCGAAGAGAAUUUUUGUCACAAGUCAACGAACAAAUAUGCGUGUAG